AUGUUUUAUGCCAACAAAUACAUCCAUGAAAUAAACAGUGGUGGCAAUUACGGCUGUAAAAUGCGCAGUUACACCCUGGCUUUGCUCCAGCGUUUGGCACUUCAGGCACCUGUGGUGAAUGAAGCUGCGUGGUGGCGCCCUGACGCACGGGGUGUGUCUUUGGGCGGGGAAGUGCCCACCCACCCCGUCACCUCUCUUCUCUGGUUACUAUAUGAGGAGGCAUCUCUGCGGUCAGGCCCAGCACACACAUCCUCGGUGGUGUUUCUGGUGGUUACUUCAGAUUUGUUUUUUGCCUCCCGAGCCCACGAGCCACAGCGGACUCCAGGAUUUACGCACACGCUGAAGCAGGAUCGUUUUCUUCUCAUUCCGACGGAAAAGCCAGAUCUCAGCAUGCCUCGGUCAUUCCUUGUCAAGAAAUAUUUCUCUAACAAGAAGCCAUACUACAGGGAAAGUCAACUGGAAAGCCAAAAUGGUGAGUGUUUUGAUUCAUUUCUGCAUCUGAUCAGUCACCAGAGCUCACCUUACCCCAAAUGCACAAGUUAAGACAGACAUUUAUGAUAUAAGGGGUCAUCAUUAAGACAGACUCAGAAUUUUAAACAGGCUUAGUAUUUGACUCUUCUUUGUCCAUUCAAGUGACUCCUAACCUGACUUCCCGUCUUCUGUCUCCCCAGCUUUAGUCCCAGAAAGCUUUCCCAGAGCUGAACUUCCAACCCAGCUGAACAGCUCGGCCCUGACCUGUUACCCCACCAACCCUUUCUUCAGCAGCGCAGACACUCUUCCUGCACCUCUAUCCCCUGUCACUCCUGUGUCUCUGUCCCCCUCACCGCUGCACCCCCUGGACCUCAGCAGCUCUCCCUCCAGUAGCAGCGGCGAGGAAGAAGACGACGGUGGACGCACCUCAGAUCCCCCCAGCCCAGAUGUCAUCCAGCACCUCUACCACUGCAUGCACUGCAGCAACAGCUACACCAGCCUCUCCGCUCUGUCCCACCAUCAGAUGUCCCAGCACCCGCACUCCCUCUGUGUCCCCAUGCAGCAGACACCUUCCCUGCUCGCCGACGCCUCCACACGCCCUGCCUUUCACUGCAAACACUGCCCCAAGGAGUACACCAGCCUGGGAGCGCUGAAGAUGCACAUCCGCUCGCACACGCUGCCGUGUGUUUGCCCCACCUGUGGCAAAGCCUUCUCCAGACCAUGGUUGCUCAGAGGACACAUUCGCACACACACAGGUAUGUAUCUAAUCAAUCUCUUGUAAAUUAAACAGCUGUUUGGACCCUGUUGUCAUUGAUAUUCAUUGCUGUGAGUAAAUGUAAUUGCUUAGCAUGACUAAUCCUUAUCUCAGCCUGCUUUAAGUAAAUUAGUGUAGCUCUCUUUGUUAUCUUUUAAUCAUUCAAAAAAGAUGACCCCAGGAUAGACCUUUUGACCUGCUGAUGUGGCAUUUCCUUGCGUCUAACCGUAACUUCUUUUUUUUUCCCCAGGUGAGCGACCCUUCGCAUGCCAACACUGUAACAGAGCCUUUGCUGAUCGCUCCAACCUGCGCGCCCACCUUCAGACCCACUCCGAAGUGAAGAAGUACCAGUGCGGGUCCUGCUCCCGGACAUUCAGCCGCAUGUCUCUGCUUCACAAACACAGCGCAUCAGGAUGUUGCCCUGCCUCGUAGACUUGCAUUCCUCGAACUGCUUCUGUCAGCCAGAUGAAUACAUGCUGGCUUGAAACCCCCCAAAGGGACACUGGAUGGGACAGAAAAGCUGGAGUUCAGACGCUUUUAUAUAAGACUUCUCAAGUGCCUUAAAAAACCUUGAAGCCAUGCAAUGUUCAGAUUUUUUUUAGAGGUUAUAUUAGACUCAGCAACACAUUUUUCUCCUGCAUGUGUUUGUGUAAAUGAGUGUUGUUUGAAGGCAGCUGGACAUGCAGUUAAUUCCCAGGAAACUCCCAUCGGUGCCGGCCGGUCCGGGACUCUGACCAUGUUGCAGCUGCUCAUGUGUGUGUGUCAUUCCUCACCAUACUAUACAUACAUUGCAUGAUGUGUGCAUGAGCAAGUGUGUGUUGUUGGGACAGCUGUCUGAGUACGGUGCGCUGUGGAGGAAGGGUGCUGAGUGACACAUUAGCUGUGACCUCGACAACAGGCCACCCUCCUCAUGCCACUCUCAUUUGUGAGAUGUGAAAGGACCACUUAAACUUGACCAAAAACACAGUUUGCCUUUACUGGUGUAAAUCUCCAGGAUGAUUGAGUAAAAUCAGACUUUUUUUUUUCUGAAAAUAUGCAUUUUUAUGACCUUUUUUAAACAAAUGCUAUCAUUUUGUCUCAGUGCCUAAAUAAAAGCAAUGUUUUUUCAAAUGAA